AUGGCUGUUUCAGCAGUGACAAAACUUUUAGCUUUAUCCGUUAGUUGGUGGCUGUUUUGCAAUACGUGGAUAAAUGUGCAUGGAGAAUAUUUUUCCUCGAUCGAGCAGAUGCGGCAAUUACUAAAGCUCGAAAAGACAUUUCUAGACAGUCUCGACCGUUACAUUAAACUGCACGAGCAAAAGAUCGAGUUCUUGCACCGGCAGCGCGAUUGGUUUGCGAAGGAAUUAAAUGCGGGAUUAAAAAAUGAAGUUGAAUAUACUUCAAAUCCAACGAGCGCUUUCCUGCUGGUUAACCGGCUUGUCAACGAUUGGGAACGUAUCCGGGUGUUCAUGGAUUUGGACGUCGGGGUAAAGUUACAGAACAACACCGAAAUGCCCACCAGUGACGAUGCGGUGGGAGUGGCGGAGGGUUUGGCCCGAUUGCAGGAUAUGUAUCAGCUCGACACGAAGGACAUGGCAAGCGGUAAACUGCUCCAUCGGCAGAUUGGCCGCCAGCUGAGAACGGCCGAAUGCUACGAAAUCGGCAACAAGCUAACGACCGCGGCAAACUAUCGGUACGCUGUUAGCUGGUUGCGGGAAGCAUUGCGCUUGUGGACAACGGAAAGCCCUGGUGUUAGUAAGGUGGAGAUCAUGAACUCCCUUUCUUACGCACUCUCCCAGCAGGGAGAGUACGACGAGGCCCUAGAACUGACCCAAAAAGUGUUAAAAUUGCAACCGGACAACCAGCGGGCACUGAACAGCAAGGAGCCGCUGGAAAAAUGGAUCGACUACAAGAAACAGUACGGUUUGCCUCCGCCAGUACCGGAUGCAAAUUAUCGACUCUAUCCCAGCUUGUGUCGUGGUGACUAUCAACGCCCUACUAAGGACGUCGCCAAAUUACGCUGCCGGUACGAACACAAUCGGACACCGUUUCUGCGCAUCGCACCGUUAAAGUUGGAAGAGCUCAACCACGAUCCUGUUAUCGUUGUGUACCACGAGGUGCUAUACGACAAGGAGAUCGCCACACUGCUCGAUAUUGCCAAACCGUUGUUACACCGCUCGAUGGUAGGUGAUGAUGCUGUAAAGAAAGUUUCUAAAACGCGCACCAGCAACAACGGUUGGCUCGAUGAUGUGAUGCAUCCAGUGGUCCGUAUCAUCACUCGGCGCACAGAAGACAUGACUGAUCUAGCCAUGUCGGCUUCCGAACAGCUGCAGGUCGGAAAUUAUGGUGUCGGUGGACAUUAUCUGCCCCAUUACGAUUACGCCGUGCCGGAGGAAGGCAAGGUUGCUUAUCCAGCGGUUGGGAAAGGAAAUCGAAUAGCCACCGUGAUGUAUUAUUUGAGUGACGUCGCCAUCGGCGGUGCCACUGUGUUCCCCGAGCUCGGUGUCGGUGUGUUCCCACGUAAAGGAUCCGCAAUAUUUUGGUACAAUUUGCACGCGAAUGGAACGACCGAUUCACGUACUCUACACGGUGCCUGUCCAGUGUUCGUUGGAUCCAAAUGGGGAGACACAGUUGCUACUGAAAGCAAUAAUCGCAAUAUUAUACAUAUAUUUACAGUGGCGAACAAAUGGAUUCAUGAGUACGAACAGGAGUUCCGACGACCCUGCCAAAUCGACCAAAAUGUGUAA